ACAGGGAGCCUAAGCCCAAGGUUAUCUCCGGCCGCUGGUGUGAUGAGAACUAACACGUUUGUAGGCUAGUUCUACCGUGUGUGGUGAGAUUGGUUUGACUGCAUUUGAGCUGUGAAGCUUAGAUGAUUGACCAUGCUUGGACCACUUUUAAGAGUGCAUUUGCUGCUUGCAGUACUGUGCAUCAGUGUGAAGGGGGGCAUCAGUGGUUAUCAAGGUUUUGGUCACAGCUCUGUGAAGAGCGGAACAAGUCACGACACGCCUACUGUUGGCCAUCCCUUCACCCCUGCGAACGCAAAGUUUAGUGAAGGACGCAGCUACAGCAAUGCUGAACAUGGUGUAAGGCAUAAAUAUGCUGGUGACUUGCGCCAAGGACAAGUGAACUAUGAAGGCACAAGGUCGGAUGGUGGUGUCUCUGGUCCUCAGUGGGCGAGUCAGAGCAAGAUGUUUCGUCCCCGAGCACAGUCCCCAUAUAUUAUUUACAGGGGUGACUCAGAGCUGCAUGGUGAAUAUGGGCGUAGGCCUACGGGUGGAAACUCACAUCUGCAGAAUGGACCUCCAUCAUCGGUUAGAAACGCCUACCAUAAGGGUCAGCACUUAUUAGAAAAAGACGACGACGCUGCUGAAAUGCCCAAAAUUGGUUACAAAAGCUCAAACGGAUUUUCUUGGUCUGGUCCAACUCGACCCUCAAGAAGGAGCGACUUGUUGAGCAAGAUUCGUAGGCCUAGUUCAUCUGCUCCUGUUCCUUCAUCCUCCAGGUCCUUCCCUUCAGCACCUACCCCUCUUCACUCUCAGCAAGGAGCUGGCCUUCAUCAAGACGGAAGAAUAAAUCCGCAUGGAGUCUGGCCUAAUGCAGAAGACGCGCUGAUGAACCGAGAGGGCCCAAACACACCUGGAUUCACUAGUGAUGACCUGCUCAAGCAGAGAACACCUGACAGGCCUAUACAAGAGCAUUUUGGGUCCCAUGCUGGGCUUACCCCUAGAGGGCCUAAACCUUUUCCGUUACACUCUCUUACUAGCUCACCCAGUGCUCAAGAUUACCAAAAAACACCCCAUCAUAUUUCCCAAGCAGUUUCCCACCCACAGGAGUCAUUUCACUCUGGAGUGCUUAGGCCCAGAACCUUACGCUUAAACGUUACCUCGCAACGUCAGUGGUUACAAGGCAAAUUCAAACCUUUUGAAGUCAGCAGCCAGUUGGUGGGAGAUGUGGACAAGCAGGACACCAAAGAUGAGGACGUACCCCGUACUUUGUCCUGAACUAUAGGCCUAGUUUUACUGUAACACUGACGGCAAGCUGACUCCUACACACACACACACACACACACACACACACACACAUACACGACUCCAACUUUGACAUAGAGCGUAAUCGGCUGUCAACUGCCUGUCUGUCGAUGUCAGACUGAUGUUCAGAGUGAUGGAACAGAAACCGAGAUUACGUGAGAUGAGAUGGGCCUACUAUAUGGAGAAAUUGCCAUCUUAUGUCUGAUGUAUAGUUCUCUUGUUACAAUGUGUUUGAUCAGUCAAUCCACACCGAUUGGAAUUCUAAUCACAACAGUUCAAUAAACAUCUGAAUGAGUCAA